AUGUAUGGUAAUUUCUUAGCUGGAUCACAUGACACAAUUACCUCAAGAAUCGAUCAAGAUGUAUUGCAGGUCUGCCUACGUUUCCGAUUUUUUCUCCCUGGCGGAAUCUUUCCACAAGCCCGUGGAGCUCUAGAUGGACAAAGUUUAAAACAGUUGAGCUGCUAAUUCCAUUCCUGUUGCAAAGAGGGAAAAGGAAGAAUAGAUAUGACGGAAUACGAUGAUCGCAGCUGUGGGUCAAAUAUGUUCUUGCCGAGCUGUACUUAUUACGUUUCGACGCCGGAUUUUACAUCAGUCUCCUCCUUUUUACCGCAGACUACUUCGUGUCAGAUAAAUUUCCCUUAUUCCCCCAACAUAGCACAAGUCCAACCUGUUCGAGAAGUUGCUUUCAGGGAUUAUGGACUGGACCAUCCCAAAUGGCACUACAGGGGCAAUUACGCGUCCUACUAUUCAACAGACGAGAUAAUGCAUCGGGACUUGAUUCAGUCUUCCAGCAACAGGGCGGAGGUGAUAUUCAAAAACGAGUCCUUGUACGGUCAUCACGGAGGAGCAAACCCGCCGUGCAAUUUCUUCACCAGUGUCGGCCGAAAUGGGGUUCUUCCCCAAGGCUUCGACCAGUUUUUUGACACUCCUAACUCCGAAAAGCCCAACGUGGAGCUCCCCAAACAAAAGACAGACUGUGCUGCUCCCAGUGAUGCUGCCGAUAACAAUCCGGCUUUAACCAAACUAGACAAGCAAAAUACUGAGCCGAGUGGGAGCGUCGAUGAGGACUUAACAUCUAACUGCGGCGACAAGAACAACCAACAGAGUUCAUCAACCAAGUCCAGGAAGAAGAGGUGUCCUUAUUCCAAAUACCAAAUCCGAGAACUUGAACGAGAGUUUUUCUUCAACGUGUACAUCAACAAAGAGAAGCGGCUUCAGCUGUCUAGGAUGUUAAACCUGACAGAUCGCCAAGUGAAGAUUUGGUUUCAGAACAGAAGAAUGAAAGAGAAAAAGCUCAACCGCGACCGCUUACAGUAUUUCACAGGAAAUCCUUUAUUCUGA